AUGAAUGAGUUUGAAGUUUAUCUUCAAACUGAAAAUAAUGCGGAAAAAUUAUUUUGGAAAGGUUUUGAAUUUGAAAAAAAGAGCGAACGAACUAAUGAAGACAGUUAUAAAGCAUUUAGAUGUUAUGAAAAAUCUGCAACUUUAAAGCAUAAUAUUGCAAAAUAUCGAUUAGGUCGUUGUUAUGAAUUCGGAAUUUAUAAAGCAAUUUCUAUAAGAAGCGCAUUUAUAAAUUAUGAAGAAUCUGCUAACAAAGGUUAUGAGUUAGCGAUGUAUCAUUUGGGACGACUUUACGAAAAAGAAUAUAAUAAUAACGACAAUGCAUAUAUAUGGUACAAAAAAGCUGCAGAAAAUAAUGAUGGUGGUGAAGGAAAUAAAGUAGGUGAUGCUGGAGGUGCGAAUAAUGCAGGUUUUUGUUAUAAAUCUGGUGGGGAUAAAGUUGAAAUUGAUUUAGAAAAGGCAAAAAAUUAUUUUAAUUUGGCUUGUGAAUUAAAUGAAAUUAACCAAACAAAGUAUGAAUAA